CCGGGAGCCGAGCUUCGCGCCGGGCCUGCAGUCCCCUUCGCCGCUCGGGGUCCCCCGGGGCCAGCCGGGGCCUCAGCAUGUCCUGCGGGGGGGACGGCCCCAGCAGCCAGUUCCCUCUGCACGCUCUGGUCUGGAACAAUGACUACCGGCAGCUGGAGAAGGAGCUGAACGGCCAGAACGUGGAAGCCCUGGAUCCCCGAGGUCGGACCUUAUUGCACCUCGCUGUUUCCUUGGGACACUUGGAGUCAGCUAGAGUCUUGCUCCGACAUAAAGCUGAUGUCACAAAAGAAAACCUACAAGGAUGGACAGUUUUACACGAGGCAGUGAGUACUGGAGACCCCGAGAUGGUGUAUACCAUCCUUCAGCAUCGAGAUUACCACAACACUUCGAUGGCACUGGAGGGUGUCCCAGAGCUGCUCCAGAAGAUCCUGGAGGCACCUGAUUUCUAUGUGCAGAUGAAAUGGGAAUUCACGAGUUGGGUGCCACUGGUUUCUAGGAUAUGUCCCAAUGACGUCUGUCGCAUUUGGAAAAGUGGGGCCAAACUGCGUGUCGAUAUCACAUUGUUGGGCUUUGAAAACAUGAGCUGGAUAAGAGGAAGACGUAGUUUUAUUUUUAAGGGCGAGGAUAGCUGGGCGGAGCUGAUGGAAAUUAACCAUGAUGACAAAGUUGUCACGACCGAGCAUUUCGAUCUCUCUCAAGAAAUGGAACGCCUAACGCUGGAUUCUAUGAAACCAAAAGGGAGGGAAGUAGAGAGGCGCCUCACGUCUCCGGUCAUCAAUACCAGCCUUGAGACCAAAAACAUUGCCUUUGAAAGAACUAAAUCCGGAUUCUGGGGCUGGAGGACAGAUAAAGCAGAAGUUGUUAAUGGUUACGAAGCAAAGGUGUACACAGUAAACAAUGUAAGUGUGAUAACCAAAAUACGGACAGAACAUUUGACAGAGGAAGAAAAAAAGAGAUAUAAAGCAGGAAGAGACCCAUUAGAAAUCUUGCUGGGGACUGUGGAACACCAGUUUGGUGCUCAAGGGGACCUCACUACUGAGUGUGCAACAGCAAAUAACCCCACGGCCAUCACACCCGAGGAGUACUUCAAUGAAGACUUUGACUUGAAAGACCGAGACAUAGGACGUCCAAAGGAACUUACGAUCAGAACCCAAAAGUUUAAAGCCAUGCUUUGGAUGUGUGAAGAGUUCCCCUUGUCUCUGGUGGAGCAGGUCAUUCCCAUCAUUGACCUGAUGGCCAGAACCAGCCAUUUUGCUAGGCUGAGAGAUUUCAUCCGGCUUGAGUUCCCGCCUGGGUUUCCUGUCAAAAUUGGUACAAAUCCAUUGUUUCAUGUCUUGAAUGCACGGAUUACAUUUGGAAAUGUUAAUGGCUGCAGCACAGCUGAGGAGCCUGUCUCACAAAACAUGAAUGGGGGACAUGCUGACCCAGCUUCCUUGAUCUCUAACUUUGAGGUGGAUCAGUCUGUGUUUGAAGUCCCCGAAUCUUACCACGUCCAAGAUAACGGCAGAAACAUGCACUUACAAGAUGAAGAUUAUGAAAUCAUGCAGUUCGCCAUUCAGCAGAGCUUGUUGGAAUCCAGCAGGAGUCAGGAUGUUCCGGGGCUGCCUUCAAAUGGGGGACUCACCAGUGCACAUGUCUAUGACUCGCAGUAUGAAAGGGCCAUUCAGGAGAGUCUGCUCACUAGCUCCAAUGGUUUCCGACCCAGUGGCUUGGAGGAGGCAAGGAAUUUUGACACUGAUUUGCAGCUCGCCAUGGAAUUGUCUGCCAAAGAGCUGGAGGAGCAGGAGCUGCGGCUCCAGGAGGAGGAGGCCGAGCUGCAGCAGGUCUUACAGCUGUCUCUCACCGAGAAGUAGACCCCCUCCUGCCCCCUCCAGCAGCUGGGGCCCUGUUCCGUGGCCCAUGGCCUGUGCCUGGGCCCAGAUCUCCAGGAAGCCAGCUGCUGCAGCCACCUCCUUGCUGGUGUGCUCAGAGGUGUUGUUUCCAGUGGGCCAUUGUCCGAGGGGGUGGUGGGGCAGAGCUGCCCCAUGUCCGGCGUCUCCAGACUCAUCCCCUUGGCCGCCAUAAGCCGGUGAUGGCUCACAGCUCUCCACUAAAAUCGAACCCAACCAAAAACUCUGCCAAGGUUCAUAGGCUCCUGUUUAUUAAGGAAGGAUGAAAAAAUACUCCUACUGUCAAGGUGCUUUUAUAUAUGUGUGUGUGUACUUGUACGCACACAUAUGUGUGCUUGUACAUGAUACACACACCUGCACACAGCAUUAUCACGUCAAAGCAGAAUAUGCUUUGUGAGGAUUUGAAAGAAACUUCUCCUGGCUCACAAAGAAAUUGGGUCCAUGCAGAUCUCCUUUUUUUUUUUUUUUAUGGCAUUCCAAACCACCUUGAAGUGGGAUUUCUGGGUCUUCCUGGAUGCUUGCUCUGCCCACACACCUGGCUGAUGUUGGAGAGGAAAAAAUGUGCAGCAUCCCUUCACAUUCCGGUUUGGAGCUGUGUGUGACUGUGACGGCGGCCUUCCCCUCCCACGGUCUGCUCAUCUGCUCUGGAUGGGGGGAAAGCUGAGCUGGGAAAGGCAAUUCCCCUCAGAGUGGCAGCUCCUCCAGCCCAGGGCAUCACCAUGGGGUCAGCAUGUCCCCUAACCCCUUGCCCCUGAUGGGGCACCCCCUAGGAAUCUAGCUUUGGCAGUUCACCUGCUGCAUAUGGAGAUGAAGGCGGCCUGAAACCCCAAUAAGAAAGUGUCCUCGGAACGUGCUGUCUCCAGGGAAGGGAACUUACACCAAAGUUCAUCAAGAAGUUCCAGCUGGGCCACAUUCUUAAGGGAAAAGAAUGGGAUUCUAACGAGAAGGUUCACUGUUGCUGCCCAGUGGCUCUCAAGCAGCCCAAAGGGAAAGUUCUCAUGGCUUUUUACAGUUCAAUCAACAUCUUUCUGGCUAUAUAUUUUUUUAAGAGACUCUUUUAUUACUUUUGAAAAAAUAAAAAAAAUCUACCCCCACCAGGUAGCAAUACAAGUAUAUAUUUUAACCAGGUUUUCUCAGGCCUUUUUUAAAUACCUUUAGCUAUUUAACUAUUUUGUCUAGCCUGUCUGUACAUACCCACCUUACCAGACGUAGAGCACUGUUGAAUAGAAGCGACUACACUCCACACUGUAGGCCACAAUAGUUGUUUCUGUGUGGCUGCCUUUCAGCAUUGAUACUUGAUGGGCCAUCUCAGCCCCUUGUGUAGACUUGGCUGCCAUUCUGUGAAGUGGCCUGGGAGGUGGAGGGGCAAGGGGUGGCUUGGGAAAUCUCAGGAUCCUCCCAUCAGGGUUGCCGGUAAGAUGUUUCUAGUCACAGAGAACGAUGUUUUUUAAUGCCUUAUAGUCACCUACCUUCUUAUGUAACUGUCUGAUUUAAAAUUCCUUCUAUGCACAACAAGGCCAGUAGAGGCUACAAUGCAUUUAUCUCCAACUAUGCAGCUUAUUAGUGUUUUUUGCAAACCGGACUUUUAACUUUCAUGGAGUAGUUUGUUGGGAAUUGUUGGCGAAUGGAUGAAGGCACUGGUUCACAGAAGUGAAUCACUGUCAGACUUGCCUGCUUGUUUAAGGUUACCUUGCUGCCUGUUGUAGAGGGAGGGCCUCUGGAUCCUCUCCCUGUUGUCAGCCCAGUUUAGAGGGACUGUCCAGCCCUGUGUUUCUUACAUCACUGUGUACCAGAGAUUUAUUCAUGUGUAUGUGUGUGCGCUACUCCCUUUUAACUGCAAAUAAAACACUGCUUCCUUGGA